CGGGCGGAGCGAGCCGGGGCCGGGGCUGGCUGCGCAGGGCGCCUUCCCCCGACAUGUCCCCCAACUACAUGAGGAGCUUCUCGGAGGGAUGUCUCAGGCCACCAACGGUCAUUGGCCAGUUCCACACGCUUUUCUUUGGCUCGGUUCGUAUGUUUUUCCUCGGCGUUUUGGGCUUUGCUGUUUAUGGCAAUGAGGCCUUGCAUUUCAGCUGCGACCCAGACAAGAGAGAGGUUAAUCUUUUCUGUUACAACCAGUUCAGGCCUAUAACUCCUCAGGUAUUCUGGGCGUUACAGCUGGUGAUUGUACUGGUACCUGGAGCUUUUUUUCACCUUUAUGCUGCAUGUAAGAGCAUCAAACAGGAAGAUAUCCUCCAAAAGUUGUUCUAUACAGCUUUUUAUAUCUUCUCUGUUUUCCUAAGGAUUAUCCUUGAAGCUGUGGCUUUUUGGCUUCAGAUUCAGCUCUUUGGUUUCAAAGUGAACGCAAUCUACAUGUGUGAUGUGAGAGCACUUGAAAAAAAGUUUAACAUUACCCGGUGCAUGGUGCCAGAGCACUUAGAAAAGACAAUUUUUCUUAUUGCAAUGUACACGUUUACUGUGACUACAGUGGUCUUGUGCAUUGCUGAAAUUUUUGAGAUCUCAUGUAGAAGGCUAGGUUUGUUAAAAACUCAGUGAUGUCAACCACUUCUAGUUAUUUACCAUCCAGUCCACCUGCAGUUUUAAAACAAUGAUUUCAAGCUAUAACAAAAAAGUAUCUGUCCUCUAUGCAGUGUUGCAGAAGAGAACCACACUGGUGAUUACUGCUGCUGGAGAGUAGUCAUCUGACACUUAUUCCUCAUCUAAAAAACUACAAAUAAUCUUUUUUUUUUCAUGUCAAGAACAAAGGCAAUACGAUUUACAAGCGUAAUAUGUGUUCAUGACCUGCCACAUACAAUAGUUUUGCCUCCAGAGGAGUAUCUGUAUGUGAGCAGGAGGUUAUUUAUAAACAUAUUUUUAUUCACAGCUUUUCUAAACACAUGCAAUUCAAGGUAACAAGGUUCUUGACCUUCCAGGAAAAACUAUUCCAAAUUUCUUACAUAUUCUUAUGGCUUGAGAAUUAAGCAGUAAUGGUGGAUAAUGUCUGGGUACCAAAAAGCAUUCAAAUAUUUUCCCAAGCUGUGCCACUGCUGCAACCUGCAUCUCAGACCCCAGGGGCAAAGACUCCUGGUUAGGCUGUGGUGAAAACAUAUCCAUCAAUAUCAACUUACUUUGCCAGCAGUCCAGCUAGUGUCAUAAAGACUAACAUGGUAUUCUUUGUGCUGAUUGGAACGCCUUACCCUCAUUAUGUUUUGGCUUACGAUGUAGAAGACUUCUACUAAUUUUGUAUGAUCACAUUUUAAAGGGGUAAAAGGGCUUUAUGCCUUCAUUUUGCAUAAGAAGCUUAAAAGUGUCAAAAGAAAAUCUUGGAGAAAAGCCUUUCCUGGGUGCGAUCAUGCCUUGAUUUCAGCGAGAGUUUUGCUUGUGUGUGACUGCAGAACUGGGUUUACAGAAUAUUUUGCUGUGUGUGUCACAUCUAAGUUUUUAUUGCUCUGACGAAAGUUGCUAGAAUAACAUUUAAAAAGAAGUCUACAUACUAAAAUUAUUGCAUGCAAGAAGUGUAUUUGGAUAGGUU